AUGACUUUAUUUUCCUUACUCAUUGUUACUGCCGGCUCGCUGGCCAUUGCUGGAGCCAAACCGCUAUCUCAACCCCCUCGCCAGCUUUCGAGUGCAACAACCCCUCUCAUCGCAACUGGAUAUGGAACUGUGUUCGAUGCACCAGUUACCAUUGGAAACCAAACCUUCAUGCUCCUUGUCGACACUGGUAGCAGUGAUACCUAUGUCAUGCAGACCGGUUUCACCUGCAUUAAUAGUACCAGCAACCUCGUGAUCCUCGAAGAGGAUUGUGAGUACUCCCAGGAGACAUACCACAAAUCCAAGACCUAUCGGAAGAUCGCCAACGAGAUGUUUGGUGUCGAGUAUGGAGCGGGACUUGCGAGCGGUUCCAUGGUCUAUGAAGAAGUGUCCAUUGGUGGUAUAACAGUCAAGUCACAAAAGACCGCCAUCGCAAACGACUCCAAUCCCAUGGGAGAUGGAGUAAAUAGCGGGUUGCUUGGUCUGGCUUAUCCAUCGAUCACCUCGGCCCACCCGGCGAAUCACACGGACAAUUCAACGUACUGGUACGAUCGUCUGGUCUAUAACCCUUUGCUCUUCACUAUGUAUGAGGAGGGCUUGAUCGAUUCAUACUUCAGUCUUGCACUGGCUCAUACACCUCAAAAUGCCUCCGUUACUUUGGGCGGGUAUAUGACUGUCGGUGGUCUCCCCCCCGUUGAUCACAGCUCUCAUUUCUCGACUGUACCUGUUGAGAUUACCGAGGGAAUUCCGCUGUGGUAUACAUCCGGAAAGAAGACUCAAUCAUACUGGUCGACGACCGUCAAAAACGUUAAGUACGGUGCAUCAUCUUCCGACAAGCUGACAACCAAUUCGACUUCCUUCCAAGCAUUCAUUGAUUCGGGAAAUUAUGUUUCGUACCUCCCCAACGAAAUUAUUGAGCCGAUUAAUGCCCUGUUUUCUCCUCCGGCAACCUACGAUUCUGCAUCAGGCGUGUAUAUUGUUGACUGCUCUGCGAAUGCACCAGAGUUCGGUAUCACGCUAGGUGAUCAGACUUUCUACCAUGAUGGCUCGGAUCUUAUCUAUCAGACCGGUGAUGGUUAUUGCUAUUCAGCCCUGGCGUCUUCAGAUGAAGUCUCUCUGGGUGGUAUCACACUAAACAUCAUCGGUGUGCCCUUCUUGAAGAGUGUGGUUGCUGUGUUUGAUUUCGGGAAGAACGAAAUGCGAUUCGCGAAGAAAUAUUAG